CUCUGCGCGGACCUCCCCCCGCUCAGCUCCUCCCCUAGCUGUCUCUUUCUCUAGGAGUGUCUUUGUCUGGGUGUCUCUCAGAUCCCUCAGACAGCUGCACAGAGAGGACCCAAGAGACGUUUCUCAGUGAGGCCAGACCCCCAGAUCACAAUCUGGAGAUGUCGGAGUUACAAGAAGUUCAGAUCACGGAUGAGAAUGCUCUUCUGCAGGAUCCCUUAAAGGCAGCUGAGCUAGCAGCAAAACUACUUCAAGUGCAAGAACAGAAACAUUCUAUCGAAACUCCCUAUGGGAUGGUGACAGUCACAAUUCAGGGCUCCCCCAAACCCAAGAGGCCAGCGAUUGUAACAUUCCAUGAUGUGGGGAUGGACCAUAAAUUGUGCUUUAAAUCGCUCUUCGACAACGAGGACAUGUAUGAGAUUGUGAAGAAUUUUGUUGUGUGCCACAUUGAUGCUCCAGGACAAGAGGAGGGGGCUGCUGUCUAUCCUGCUGGGUACCAAUACCCGUCACUUGAUCAACUGUCUGAAACCAUCCCAUGUGUGCUGCAAUACCUGAAUUUCCCCAGCAUUAUUGGGAUUGGUGUUGGUGCUGGUGCGUACGUCUUAGCCCGAUACACGCUUUCUCAUCCGAACACAGUGGAAGGUCUAGUUCUCCUUAAUAUUGAUCCAAAUGCCAAAGGCUGGAUGGACUGGGCAGCACAUAAGCUUACAGGCCUCACUUCAUCCAUCCCAGAAAUGAUUCUGUCACACCUCUUCAGUACAGAGGAGCUUUCUGGAAACUCGGAUGUUGUGAGUCAGUACAAAGCCGCCAUUUUGAACUCUCCUAUUCUCAGCAACAACCAUCUGUACUGGAACAGCUACAACAGCCGCAGAGACUUGAACCUGGAACGUGGUGGAGAUGUCACUUUAAAGUGCCCUGUGAUGCUAGUAGUUGGUGAUCAAGCUCCUCAUGAGGAUGCAGUGGUGGAAUGCAACUCAAAACUGGAUCCAACCCAGACUUCAUUCUUAAAGAUGGCAGACUCUGGUGGACAGCCACAGAUAACACAGCCUGGAAAACUCGCUGAGGCUUUCAAGUACUUUGUGCAGGGAAUGGGCUACAUCCCCCACAUUCUGGAUAAGAAGCGCAGUAUGGGUGGCAUCCUCCUGCAUGACUCGUCUGUCUCGCUCCCGCACCGCCUCUCUCUCCAGCGAGGGGAAUCGCUCACGCUCUCGUACCCUGUCACAGAGCAGCGAGUCGGGGGGAGGACCAACAGGAACAUUCACGGAGGUGACCUGCUGAGAAGCCGUGACGCUGGGGACAUGUGAUCAGCCCCGCUCUGUCUGAGGGGAAGGCAUUUUAGCAGAGCUAAUUAUGCGAAUUAGGAAACUAAACCACAAACCCAGAUUUCACAUGAGAGAUGAGAUGUCUGUACCUGUCUUUCUUUCUCUCCUAUCGCCAGAUUUGUAUUACCCCUUUUUCUGAUCACUUUGCCUUUCUUCUUUUUUACUUACAAUUCAUAUACUUGUGUAAAAGAUUUGCAGGGUUGCUUAUUUUGUAGUAGCAUACAGCUGAAUAGACUAACCCGAGAUCACACGGGAUAUUUAAGUAUCUAAUGUUACUUUUUCUUCAGCAUAUUCUGUAAUUGUUUUUUCUCCUUUGGUUGCUCUUGAUCUCUCCAAAGCCAGGCAGACUACAGAACAGUUCUUUACAGUUCCACCUCUAUGUAUCUCUAAUGCAUUGUAUUAUCCUAACAAGCCCUCCAUGGCACAUUAGAACUUAUAAUGUGGGAUAGCUUCAUCUCCUAUCAUUAUGCCCAAGAGGAAUUGGGGGAAGGGGGGAGGUUCUCAAAGGUCCAACCACUGGAAUACUUACAUUUUUGAGGUCAGUGUAAAGAUUACAGCACACAAUAGAGGACGGCGCAAAAUAAGACAUUCAUGCUAUUAAGAAGCUUAAAGCUGCUGUCUUUAAGUCAACUCCCUUUACAUGCUUUACCUUGAAGUAGUAGUGUUUGAUGCCUUUUUUUUUCUUUUUGAAUACUUUGCCAUAACUCUUCCCCGCUGCCACUUGCUCAGGGUUGCUUCCAUGAGUCUUAGGGGGAGAUUUUACAAGACUAGUAUUUGCUUUUCAGUUGUAAAACAUGUAGAUAAAUCACAAGGUAGAUGCAUUUUUUUUAUUUUAUUUUAAUAAAGGUGUAGAUUGGUUGGGGACAUGUAUAGUUAUAAGAUUAAGUGUCAUGUACUUCCAUCCUCAUUCAAAAUGGUGUCCUACCAGUAAUGGCCCCACUGUAGACACAAGCCGGAGAUCUCCCUAUCUAUCAUAAUUUCUAGGUGUAAUAUCAAUGAAACCUAAUAAUAAAUGUUAGAAUUGGAUUUAGGAGUAAUAUAGAGGACAUUAAUAAUUUAGCCAGUUAUCCGCUACUCUUAAAUGUAUCAAAAUUUUUAUUAAAGGCUACAGUGUUUUGUUUUUAGCUAGAGUAUGGUAAUUUAUGCCUUCAUCAAGAUCCUGAACAGCUCAGUAUCACUAGUGCUAACUGCAAGCCGUGACUUCAAGAAAACAAUCAGUAUUGUACUAUGGUCAUUGUGCCAACCAUACACUGUUUCACUACUUCGCCUUGCGUGUUUCUCACAACGCAUAAGAAUAUGUAUGGACACAGAUUUUAAGACUAUUGUCAGAAACAUUAUGUAUCAUAUAGGCUUUCACUCAAAGGCAGAAGCUACUUCAUCAGCUAUUUAUACAUA